CACGUGCGGGGCCUGCCGGCCGCCCUGGGCGUGGCCCCGCGGCCUCUCCUCCCGUAGCCCGGAGAUGACCCCGCUCGGUGCGGAGGGAGCCCACGCGUUCAGCUCCUCCCAGGCCCGUCCCUUUGGUGGGGGAGCCUCCGGGGAGGGCGCGGUCCGAGAGCAGACCCGGCUUCCUCCCAGCCAGUCCCCACUGGCCUCGGUGAGAAGAGGCCCCGCUGGGAAGUCAGGUCACGGAUGAAACUGCCCGGGGAGAGGCGGAAGUUUACAAUAAGUCUUGUUCUUAUGGCGCCCUCUCCAGGCGGAGCCUGGGACAGCACUUCAUAAAUGUUCCCCUCUAGUGCCCGCAACAGCCCCGGGGGAAACUGAGGCACGCAGCGGGCCGGGGGCCCGAGGCUGGAUUGAACUCGGGCUCCCUCCCCCGCCAGACGCCCCGUGGGAGCUCCGGGCACGUAGCACUCAUUCACGGCGCUUAGCUAGGGCCUAGUGCGCAGCAGGAGCUUAAUGGGAGCCGGCUAAAGAGAGGAAGGAGCGCAAACCAAGAAAACGGCCCAAGGGGCGUGGCCGCCCCGAAAGGGGCGGGGCCUGUGUGUCCAGAGGUCUCCGGGGCGGGACCAAGGGGUUUUUUCCCUGUCUGAAAUCCAAGGCACGCGCACAAAUCGCCCUGGUCGCUGGACUACAUUUCCCGUGAGAAACUGCGGUAAACUCCCGGAAACGAGGAGAAACUGGUCCGGGAGACGCCGGAGGGGGCGGGCCAGGGAACACUCUACGCCCCUUCCGUUUUCUGUUCCGUAUCCCGAGGCCGCCGCCUGACGCUUCCAGGCCGCCUCUGAGGGGGGUCCUCCGGGUGAGUGAACCUGCCUUCCAGAGACUUUCCCCACACGGAGGGAGCUUCCUGGGGUCAGGAAUGGCCCUCGUGCUCCUGGCAGCCAGGGCCCAACAGGGCUCAGUGACCUUCAGGGAUGUGGCUGUGAACUUCAGCCCAGAGGAAUGGGGACACCUGGCCCCUUCCCAGAAGGAGCUGUACCGGGAGGUGAUGCUGGAGAACUACCAGAACCUGGUCUGUGUGGGAUUGGCAGCUUCAAAGCCAGAUGUGAUCAACCAGCUGGAGCGAGGUGAAGCUCCUUGGAUGACCAGAGGAGAUGUCAUCCCAAGGAAUGACUACCCGAAUUGGACGUUUAGGCCUGAAGCCAAGGAAUCAGUUCCAAAGCUGGACAUUUCUAUGGGAUCAUCAUCUCAGAAAAGAUUCACAAAAUGGCAUGGUUCUUUGGUCUACAAUUUCAGAGCGGCCUGGGGAUAUGAUGCAGGGUUAAAGAAGGAGCAGAGCAAUGAGGAGACUCAUUUGCAGCCAGGAAAAAUUAUCCAAAGGAAAACUCCCAAUAAAACACAAGGCCAGGAAUGUGACACCUAUGGUAAAACCUUUGGUCUUGAGCCAGCCAUUUUUCCACAGCAAAAAGUGUGUAUUGGUGGGAGUCUCCAAGAUUGUCAUACCGACAGAGAGAAUAUCAGUUUAUAUUCAGACCUAAAUUCAUGUAAUAGGAUCUGCUCUAAGAAAAUAUUUUCUAAGAAUAAUGAGUAUGGGAAAUCCUUCAGUUCCAAAUUAGACUUUAUUGAAUAUCAUAGAUUGUAUCCUGCAGAAGAAACCUAUGAAUAUAAUAACUUUGGGGCAGUCUUCAGUAGCAAUCCAUCCUGUAAUUCCCAGCAGGAAGCUCAUAUUGGACAGAAAUCCUAUGUUUGUAAUGAAUGUGGGAAGGCUUUCUUUCUGGGUAUACACCUCAUUGAACAUCAGAGAAUUCAUACUGGGGAAAAACCUUAUGCAUGUACUGAAUGUGGAAAGGUUUUUCGCCUCAACACCCAACUUACUCGACACCAGAUAAUCCACACUGGGGAGAAACCUUAUGAGUGUAUUGAAUGUGGCAAGGUCUUCCGCCAGAAUGCCCACCUUAUUCGUCAUCAGACAAUUCAUACCGGGGAGAAGCCUUAUGAAUGUAACGAAUGUGGCAAGGUUUUCCGCUUGAGUGCACAUCUUACUUGCCAUCAGACAAUUCACACUGGAGAGAAACCUUAUGAAUGCAAUGAAUGUGGAAAGUCUUUCCGUGAGAAGAAAGGUCUAAUUUAUCACCAGAGAAUUCAUACUGGAGAGAAACCUUAUAUCUGUCCUGAAUGUGGGAAGGCCUUCCGCCAGAGGACAGGACUAAGUUAUCACCGGAAAGUUCACACUGGAGAGAAACCAUAUGAAUGUCAGGAAUGUGGGAAAGCUUUUCGUCAGAGGACAGGACUCAGUUACCAUCAGAGAGUUCACACAGGAGAGAAACAUUAUGCGUGCCAUGAAUGUGGGAAGGCCUUCUGGCGGAGCUCACAGCUUACCCAACAUCGGAGAAUUCACACUGGAGAAAAACCUUAUGAAUGUCCUGAAUGUGGAAAGGCCUUCCGUUUGAUUGCACAACUUAACCAACACCAGAGGGUUCACACUGGAGAGAAACCUUAUGAAUGUCAUGAAUGUGGGAAAGCUUUCUGGCAGAAUGCAGAACUAAUUUAUCAUCAGAGAAUUCAUACUGGAGAGAAACCUUACAAAUGUAAUGAAUGUGGGAAGGCCUUCCGCCUGAGUGAACAGCUUUCCCGACAUCAGAGAAUUCAUACCGGGGAGAAGCCAUAUGAAUGUAAUGAAUGUGGGAAGGCAUUUCGUGUGAGUGGAAAGCUUACUCAACAUCAGAGAAUACAUAAUGGAGAGAAACCCUAUAAAUGUCUUGAAUGUGGAAAGGCCUUCUGCCAGAGUUCAGAACUUACUCGACAUCAGAAAAUACAUACAGGAGAGAAACCUUAUGAAUGUCUGGAUUGUGGAAAAGCCUUCCGACAGAGUGCAGAGCUCACGCUCCAUCAAAGAAAUCAUACUGGAGAGAAACCAUACGAAUGUAACGAGUGUGGGAAGGCUUUCACAACCAAUUCAGCUCUUACUUACCAUCAAAGAAUUCACACUGGAGAGAAACCAUAUGAAUGUCACGAAUGUGGGAAAGCAUUUUCCCGAAGAGCAACACUUAGUCAACAUUUGAGAAUUCAUACUGGGGACAAACCUUAUGAAUGUCAUGAAUGUGAAAAGGCCUUCCCUCAGAGGGUAGAACUUAUUCGACACCAUAGAGUUCAUGCUGGAGAGAAACCUUAUGAGUGUCAUGAAUGUGGAAAAGCCUUCUGGGAGAGCGCGGAAUUAAUUUAUCAUCAGAGAAUUCAUACUGGAGAGAAGCCAUAUGCAUGUGAUGAAUGUGGGAAGGCCUUUCGGGUGAGAACACAGCUUACUCGACAUCAGAGAAUUCAUACUGGAGACAAACCUUAUAAAUGCAAUGAAUGUGGGAAGACCUAUAGACAGAGAGCAGAUCUUACUAGACACCAGAAAAGUCACACUGAAUGUAAUGAGUGAUGGUAAGUUUUAUGUCUAGGGGCAAUACUUUAUUCAGCAUCUAGGUAGUUUAUACUGGAGAAAGAAACCUUGUUAAUACAAUCAGUGUGAAGUACUUCAAGCAGAAAACAAAUUUAUUAAAUUUUAAUGAACUUGAACUUUAUAGAAAAAAGGCUUAGGAAAGUGGGCAGGCAUUCUGUUAGAAUACAGGAUGUAAUGAACAUCAGAGAAGUCAUACUGGAGAAUAUGAUUAUAAUAGAUAUGGAAGGUUUUCACCUGUAGAUUGUACUUUCUAUCACAAAAUAUUGGAGAGAAACCAUAUAAGUAUAAUUACUGUGGAAAUGCCUUUGGCUAAAGUUGAAGCCUAUAUCAGAAAGUUAAUAUUGAAGAGAAACCUUUUAAAUUGACACUUUUUUUUGUUGUGAUUUCAUAGUGUUCAUUUUAAAAUUUUUGUGUAUUUGAUUUUCUUCCCUCUGACCUGGAA